GGCAGCGCUCCGUAGGCGCAGCGCGGCGGAGCCGGGCCGAUCCGCGGCCAUGGGGCACCCGCCGCUCGAGUUCAGCGACUGUUACCUGGACAGCCCCGACUUCCGCGAGCGCCUCAAGUGCUACGAGCAGGAGCUGGAGAGAACCAACAAGUUCAUCAAGGAGGUGAUCAAGGACGGCAACGCGCUCAUCGCCGCCAUCCGCGGGUACUCCUCAGCAGUGCAGAAGUUCUCCCAGACUCUGCAGUCCUUCCAGUUCGACUUCAUUGGCGACACACUAACUGAUGAUGAGAUCAAUAUUGCCGAGUCCUUUAAGGAGUUUGCAGAGCUGCUGCAAGAAGUGGAGCUGGAGAGGUCUAUGAUGGUGCAGAACGCGAGUGAUUUGCUGAUCAAACCUUUGGAAAACUUCCGGAAGGAGCAGAUAGGGUUCACCAAGGAAAGAAAGAAGAAGUUUGAGAAGGAUGGUGAGAAGUUUUACUCUAUGCUGGAUCGCCACUUGCAUUUGUCUUCCAAAAAGAAGGAAUCUCAAUUACAGGAGGCUGACCUUCAGGUGGACAAAGAGCGACACAAUUUCUUUGAAUCCUCCCUUGAGUACGUGUACCAGAUCCAGGAAGUACAAGAAAGCAAGAAAUUCAGUAUUGUGGAGCCGGUGCUGGCAUUUCUCCACAGCCUUUUCACCUACAACAACCUGACAGUGGAGCUGACGCAGGAUUUCCUCCCAUACAAGCAGCAGCUCCAGCUCAGCCUGCAGAACACAAGGAAUCACUUUUCCAGCACCCGGGAGGAGCUGGAAGAUCUGAAGAAGAGAAUGAAGGAAGCACCUCUAACCUGCAAGCUGCCUGGGCAGCCAACCAUCGAGGGCUACCUGUACACUCAGGAGAAAUGGGCRCUGGGCAUCUCCUGGGUGAAGUAUUACUGCCAGUACGAAAAAGAGGCAAAAACYUUACGGAUGACACCCAUAGACCAGAAGCCAGGAGCUAAGCAGGGCACCUUGGACCUGACCCUGAAAUCCUGUGUAAGGAGAAAGACUGACUCCAUAGACAAGAGGUUUUGUUUUGACAUUGAAACUAAUGAAAGGUCCGGGACCAUCACGCUGCAGGCACUCUCUGAAGCCAACCGAAGGCUGUGGAUGGAGGCCAUGGACGGGAAGGAGCCGAUCUAUCACAGUCCCAUCACGAAGCAGGAAGAAAUGGAGCUCAACGAGGUCGGAUUCAAGUUUGUUCGCAAGUGCAUCAAUGCAGUGGAGACAAAAGGAAUCACUACGGAGGGCGUGUAUCGGACUGUUGGCAGCAAUAUCCAGGUGCAGAAGUUGCUGAAUGCCUUUUUUGAUCCAAAAUGCCCUGGGGAUGUGGAUCUCCAGAGUGGGGAUUGGGACAUCAAGACCAUUACCAGCUCACUGAAGUUCUAUCUCAGGAACCUGUCUGAGCCCGUCAUGACGUACAAGCUCCACAAAGAGCUGGUCCUGGCUGCAAAGUCUGAGAACCUGGAUUACAGGCUGGGAGCCAUUCAUGCACUGGUCUAUAAACUGCCUGACAAAAACAGGGAGAUGUUAGAGCUCCUCAUCCAGCAUCUUGUCAACGUCUGUGAGCACAGCCGGGAGAACCUGAUGUCACCGUCCAACAUGGGGGUGAUCUUCGGGCCCACCCUCAUGCGAGCACAGGAGGACACCGUGGCAGCGAUGAUGAACAUCAAGUUCCAAAACAUCGUGGUCGAGAUCCUGAUAGAGCACUUUGGGAAGAUCUACUCUGGCCCCCCAGAGGACACCACGGCCCCCCCAGUGCCCCCACCCAGGGUGGCUGCCCGGCGUCACAAACCCAUCACCAUCUCCAARCGUCCCCUGAGGGAAAGACCCGUCUUCUUCGGUGCCUCUGUGGAGGAGAGCGGAGCAGAGCGGCUCAGCCAGACCCCCAAUGGUGGUGGCCUGGAGGCCCCCAAGCCCCUGCACCGCAGCCGCCUGCCCGCACCCCGGCCAGGGGGGGAUGAGCUGGGGCGUCCUCCCACUGAGGGCCGGCCCCAGGCACGCCCCGAGCCCGAGCUGGGGAAGCUGGGGAGCAGGCUGCAGGAUGGAGGGGUGAAGCCGGCUGGCAGAGCAGCCAACGGGGUGGUGACCAGCCCUGGCCUGAGGACCGCCACGCUGCAGGCCAGGAGACCGGCACCCCGGCCGGGCAUCUGCAGCAGAGAGGGCGACUGUGACGGUGUCCCUAAGCCGCGUUCCCAUGGCGAUAAGCCCGUGAUAACACGUCCUCCUGUGAGACCUCCGGAUCCACCGUGCCGGACUCCCAUCCCUCCAAAGCUGGAGCAGAGGCCAGAUCUGAUAGCAGGGACAGCAGAGGAGAUGCCCUCAUCCGUGGUGGCCUCUAGGACCAAGUUCUUUGAGACAGCUUCCCGAAGAACAGGCAGUUCUUCAUCACCACAAGGCAGGAUCCCAAGUGAUGAGAGCUGAGGAUAAAGGCUUUGUGAGCACCUCAGCCCAGCUGGACCCAGGAGACUUUCUAUGCUUGUGACCCAGGAGUCAUAGCUGAGCCUUGCCAGCCCCAGUGCCCUGGAGAGCAGCUAUCUUACCGGACGAUGAUUUCCAAGCCACAAGUGGCUCAAGAAAUUAGGAGAGCGAGACCACAAUGGAGAGCAGGUCCUGCCCACACAUCUGUGUUGAACUGUUCCCUGCCCUCCCACCUCYCCUCCCUGCAGGCUGUGACAGUGCCUGUGUGUGCCUGCACAGGUGAUGGCAGCGUGGGCAGGGCUGGGGGACACUGACUGCCUGUGGAAGGGAYAGCAGAGCCCCCAUUCACCUGCUCACUUUCAGGAGACACCUCUAAAAGGGUGUUUGGACAGCACAGGGGCUGAGUCCCUGUGUUUGGAUGCAAGGGCAGUGCAGCUGUAUCUGGGGUUGGCCACCCUUUACCCUGAGAAGCCCCUUCCUUUGUGCUUAUGUCCCUCACUUGGUGAGCUGUGCUGUGGGGUCAGUGUGUGGGACAGCCGUGCCUGAGAAUGCUGCCCAUGGUGGGAGCCACCGUGCUCAGCUCUGUGGUAUGUCUCCUCAUCUCCUCCUGGACAACCCUGGCCUGGGAMACCACACUCAUGGACACUGCUGGGCCAGGGGCUUGGCCUGAGCCAUGACUGCAGCUUUGCCUGGGGUCAGCUGUCAGGCAGCACCCUCGGGUCAGCAGGCUCCAAGGGUGCAGCUGGGGGAAGGGGGCAGCAGGUGCUCUUCCUCCUCCUCCUCCUCUUUUUCCUUCACUGCCUUCUCUUCCUCCCACUUGAGCCACACUCCCACCAGAUCCAUUCUCACAGGCCCACCAAGAAGUCUUCAUCCUGGGUGAUUGCAGUGAGCCAGCACAGAGGUGCUGAGGAUCUGAAAUUUGCUGUUUAUGGGUCAAACCCAUCAUUUUUCUAAGAACUGCCCAGUUUUUUGUUUGCUUGUUUAUUGAUUUCCAGUACGAGACACCCAAUCUGUCCCUCAUCCGUGGCCCUGUGGAUGAUGUCCAGUGGCCUGGGGGGUGUCCUGGCUGGGACCACUGUCCAGCCCUGUAGCAGCUGCCCCUGGGGCCCAGCUCCGGGACUGUGCACAGCAGCGAGCAGCUUCCCUGCUUCCUCCACCUGCCCAAAGAUGAUGCUCCCAUUUUGAAUGGUUUCCUUAGGUGCUGAGAGCGUUUCCAAAACAGUGGCCAAACAUUCCCACAGCUCCAUCCCCGGGUGCUCCAUCCUUGGAGCGUGCCAUGUCCUGCCUGGUGCAGGUUUGCCAGUGGGACACUGCCGCCGUCCUCGUCAUCCCCUGGUGCUUUGCCUCAGUGCCACCUCCUGUCUCUAAUUGCUGAAUGUCACACACUGGCGCUCACGUGUGUCAUGUCCAUGGUGCUCUCACUCCCUUGGCUUCAGCAGCGCCCCAGCUGCUCCCUCCUUUGGACUUGGCACAUGAAAGUGGCUUUAAAACCAAACCGGUGGUGUGCUGUGGCAGCUGAGGCAGUGCCACAUGCACCAGCAGCACCCKGGGCUGUGCUGGGCYCCUCCUGCUGCAGCCCCUCACCAGCUCCAGGACACAGGGAUCUGAUCAGGGAUCUCUGAACUGAUAGGAUGGAGCUCAAGCUGGAGGGAGCCAYUCUGACCAGCCUGGCAGUGGGGCCACCUGCCCACAGCACAUUGACUCCUGGCCCUGUCGGGGUGUUGGGCCUGUGGAUCUCCCACAAAAGGCCAGCGUUACCCAACCAUCUUCCCAGCUUCGGGCUGCAGUUUGGGGACCCCUCAAUCCUGUUGGUUUGGGAAGCUCCUGGGGUUCUGCCAAUGCAUGUGGUUCUGGAGGUGACAUCCCACAGGAGCAAUGGCUGUCACAUCCUUCUGCUCAUGCCCACUGCCCAGCACAGAUCCCCAGGGCAGAGCCAGGCCCUAUGAGUAGGGAGAAUCCAAGGGUGGUUGGGUUUCAGUCUGACCGUGUGAGCAGUGCRGAGAAGCAGCUUCUUGCAGACAUAUUCCAUGGUGUCCUUUUAAAGUCCUUUGUCACUUGUAUGUCUGUGCUAUCUUUCCUGCACCUAUGGGUGCAGAUGAACACUGGGACCAGCAGCUGGAGUGGUGGGGGUGCUGGUUGUGCUGUUGGGGUGCUGUGGGACCCAAUCUCUGCUGCCAGGAGGCACAGUCCCUGYUGCUGUGAGCACAUUCCCUGCUGCCAGUGGCCCAGGAGUGACAGCUGGGAUCAUGGGAUGGCCCCGUGCAGCACGGCAGCCCCCCAGCCCCGGAACCAUUGUGGUGUGUACAAGUUUAGGUUGCUGCAAGUGUUUAUAAAGUUUCCAUGAAGUGAAGCAGAACCAUCUCAGUGUGUUUUGUUCCUCCUCACCCCGGGCCCAAGCGCUGCCCCCACUGCCGCCCCCUCUGCGGGCAGGUGCUGCUGUGGGGUCCCAGUGCCACACGUAGGGCUGUGUCCAUGGGGCUCUGCCACAGCCCCAYUCUGGGUUUGCAGUCUCCAAAGCUGGGUUUCUGCAUUUCCUGACUGGAGGAGCUGCCCUGCUAAGGCUGAAUAUUCCUUUGCUGCCACAGUGCAGCGUCCUGUGCCGUGGGUCACCGAGACUCCAGGUUUCCUGUGACCACUAAAGGCUCCUUUCCAUCUAUCCAGCRCUCUUUUUCCCUCCUCACAUCUGUUUCCCCUGCUUUUGAUUCUGAUAUUUUGCAUCAGUGUCCACUUUUCAGUCCUCUUGCUUUUCUUUAACAGCAGGCCCUCUCAGGAUAGAACAGCAUUCCAUCUGAAAUGGGAAUCUUGCAGCCAGCUCUGGAUUUCUGGAGAAGAGGUGACYGCUCCAGACGGUGUUCCUGGGAUCCCCAGGACAGCCCAGCUKCCCCCACAGCCACGAGGGUCCCCACUGGAGAAGGGGAGCAUUCCUAUCCACAUCCUGCUCGGGGCUGGUCGCUGUUUUUGGGAUCCUCCUGCAAUUGUUUUGUCCCGGUGUGCCCCCCACCCACCUUGGGGGUCUUGGGGCAGCACCAGCCAGGUUUGCCAGCUCCAGAAGGUCUGUGCCGUGCCCUGGCUCCGAACCCGAGCAGCCAGAGCGCUCCCAGGGCAGGCACAGACACAACACACAURGAACAGCAGCUGAAGGGGUUUCUGCUUGUUUUCUUCUGRCUUCUUGUUUCUCUCAAACAGUUUYCUUCUSGGGUUGUAACUUUUCCAGGGCUGGAUGCAUUCAAAACAGCGGUGUUUGGGGAACUAAACUGUUUUCUUUCCUCACCAGGCCUUAUAUUAAGUGAUCGUGAACUGGCAUGAGCACUGAGGCACUGCCCCAACAAUCCUKGUGUCCCAACCCACAGGUGCCUGGCUUGGUUUCUUACAGAAAACAUUUGGAUUUACUAUGAGCAAGAAAAUUAUUUUCUAGCACAAGUAAAACCUUUCAGGUUUUUAUAGGGAGAAAAUAGCAAAACAAGAAGUUCCAAAGCUUGAGCCUCAGCCUCAGUGAGUUCUUCCCAGAGGAAGGAUUUGAAAAGGCCAAAGACUGUGCAGCAGACACAUCUGUGUGAUAAAUUUAGAAUUGAAAUACACUUAGUGGAACAGUGACAUCUGAAAUUUAUGUGCUGCAGAGAYCCAUGAAGGUGCCGGAAUCCACCCACGUGGGACUCCUUGGAGGAUCAGAGCCGUAGUUUUCAUCUUUGUAGCUCUCCCUGACCCAUCCCACUGCACAAUUACCCAUCUGGAUGCUCCGAGCUGGGAGCAGCUCCCUGCGCCGGGCGGGUUCCUGGCAGCCCUUAGCAGGUUUCUUGGCCCGARCACACAGCUGUAAAUCAGGUCGGGCCACCAAAAAAAUACUGUGAUUGGCUUAAACAAUCAGGAGAUGCUUUGAACCGGUAAAGGCCAUAAUGUUUUUCAUUUUCUGUGUGUUCAGAAGUUUAAGAAGUGCUUUUACAGCCUCUGCUAUUGUCUCUUAARAGCUCCCACAAGGCAGAAAUUCUGAAGAUGCAUGAAAUCCUGUCUGAAAUGUGGCCAUUCCCAUGAAGGCUCAGAGAGACAAGUCCCAGGAGCUCCAUCCUCCCCCAGCUCCAUCCUCCCUCACUCUUUGUCCUGCACACCCCRCUCCCUUCAGUGCCUUGGCCCCACAGGCUCUCCUGGUGGCCACCUCACCGUGCCACUGCGCCCACCUUGCUCCUGUGGGAAGGGACACAGGGUGUGCCAGGCCCUGCYCUCCCUUGGCACCUGCCCAYGGCUGGCAGAGGGAGGCAGCAGCARUUUUGGGUAAGGAGCAAACCCCAGCCUUGGCCGACGUCCCUCGUGUCACGGCACUCGAGUCGGGGUGACCCUGCUGAGGUCUGUGGCUGCCACCAGCUCGUUCUGGGAGCGUGGGCACAGCCCUGGCACCAUCAAAGGCACACAGGGCUGGCUGCCAGCGCAGCAGGGUCACAGUGCUGCUGCUCYCAGGCCUCCAGGGAGGGGAGCCACUGCCGAAAGGGCUGUUUGACACAACUCUCCAGUAUUUCAGGAAACAGAACUUCUUUCUGUUUUAAAAAUGUCCCACUUUCUGCUAUGAGGACAAAAAGAAAUAAAUAACCUCAAAGCAUGGGGCCGUUUUGGGGCUUUCAUGCUGUUUCCAUGUUUUUUCAGUUGUCUUCUUAUUCAUGGUAACUGGUCUUUCUCCAGUGAGCUUGGGGUGCCAUUCUGCUGGGGAGCAGAGGGAUCUCCAAGGGCAGCUCUGGAGCCCACCAGCAURUGGCUCAUCCCCAGUGCUGGCAUGGUGACUGUCACCAUGCUGCCAGGCCCCACAGCUCCCRUGGAUAGGAAUGGUCAGGGAGGUCAGCAGCUUCCCUGUGACCAGUCAGGGGGAUGCAGGGUGCAGGAUCUGGGAUGCAGGAGAGGUGGCUGGAGCAUAACAKGGCAGAAGGGGUUGGGUGAGGUGGAUUUGCCCUUCAGCCAGUUCUGACCCUGGCAGCCCCCGAGUGGUGGCCUCACUGUCCUCCCCCAGACACUGUUCAAGUCACACAAGUUCAGGGCCAUCAGAGACUGUGGCCAGUAAAAGCCCAGGACAUGUAGCCACUGAGGGACCAAAUCUGUCAUCUCUUGAGGUGCUCUUGAAUGUCCCUGGGGACAUUGAUGGCCAAGUGGCCAUUUGGCAGGUGACACUGGGGCUGACGUACCCAAGACAACACCACAGCCCUGAGCAGCUGUGGACUUCUCAGUGUCCCUUAAGGGUGAAUUUUGAAAAUAACACAUUAAUUUUUCAGUGUGACUCAGAGCAAGGGAUGGGAUCAGAUUCCUUGUGGAUGACAAACCCAAGGGUUCUUCUUCUCUUGGCACACUGUUCCUCAGCUCACAGGGCACGGUGUGUGGACUGCUGCUGUGCCAUUACACACCAGGCAUUGCCAGCUAUUUGUGGCCUGAUGAGGUUG